AUGAGAUUCCCGCCAAGGCUGCUUCGAAAGCGGCUGCUCGCGUCCUACGCGUUGUGCGCGGUGCUGUUAGUGACGGCGUACGUUGUGCUGCGGAACCCUGCCCUCAAGACCCAGCAGCAGAAGACUAAUGCCCACCUUGUUUCGCGAGUAACUUCCUUGUUUUCAAAUAAAUUGGGUCUCCAAUGCGACAGAUUUACCUCGUAUAAAGAGGAGCCACGCAACCACUGGCAGUACUACGGCUACGACGAGAACGAAAACAACCUUGCGCAGAACGAGCUCAACAAUCUGCUAUCUAUCACGGCUGACCAGGAGCAGGAGCUGACAAGGGUCCAUUCUUUGUUGAUGGAGACGUAUCUGACCGAGAAAAACUCGCUUUUCCGCAGUUUCCAGGACUUGUACGCCAACCACUACGACGAGAAAAGCGCCGGAAUCGUGUACGUCUCCGGCAAGGAGUACUACUGGCUCACAAUUCUGUCGAUCAAAUUUAUCCGCGACGAGCUCAAGGACGAGACUCCGAUCGAGAUCUUUAUCCCUUUUUACGACAAAAACGACCAAUAUUGCAACAAGAUAUCCAUGGUGUUCCCCGACGUAUCGUGCUCCUACUUCAACAACUAUUUGUCCACCCGCGCCGUGUCCAAGCUCAGUGGAUACCAAUACAAAGCAUUGGCGUUGCUGCUCACCAAAUUCAACAAUGUGCUGUAUCUGGACUCGGACAACAUCCCACUCGAACAACCGUCCAAGCUCUUCGAGGGUGAAAAGUAUAACAAGCACGGCAUGGUGUGCUGGCCCGAUUUCUGGAAACGGUCCACCCACCCGGCCUUCUACAGAUCUAGCGGCCUCGACCGCCAUAGUCACAUCAUCGCGGCCACGCCCUCAGUCGAGUCUGGCCAGAUCAUGGUGAAUAAAAAAACACAUUUCAAAACCCUGCUUCUGGCCUACUACUACAACCUCCAUGGCCCAGACUUCUUCUAUCCGCUGUUUUCGCAGGGCUUUCCUGGAGAAGGAGACAAGGAAACGUUUUACCUGGCUAGCAGAGUCACCGACGAGGGAUCAUUCCUGAUGACCGGCAUCAAGACUAAGAUUGUCGGAUACAUCGACAGUCAGAAUCUGUUCCACGGCCAGUCCAUUCUCCAGAUCGACCCGGACGACGUGCACAAAUAUGCGUUUUUCCAUUGCAACUACCCAAAACUCCAGGUCGACAAGCUCACAAAAGCGUACUUCUUUGACCAACAGACCAACACCAGACGCAGAUCGUGGCAGAUCAUGAGAGACGCCAAGAAAGAUAGCAACGCGGGCGGCAUGGUAACUCUAAAGAAGGGAAUUAAGGUCGACCUCGAGCUGCGGGUCUGGACCUUGAUCCACGAACUGCUUGUCAAGGACUUCAAGGGCUUCAGGCUGUUUGAAAGCAUCGGCAACGACGAAAUGGGCGACGUUGUAAAGGAACACAUUUACUUCCUCAAGAACCAGGGGACACUGAUUACGUAA